AUGGAUCCUGAGUUAGCAAUUUUGUUUUUCAUUGUUUUAAACUUAUUCAAUGAGCUCGAGAGAGACAGGCAGGCACGCAGGCGACGAGUGGUCCUUCUGCGCACCAACAAUGUCAUCGCCGCUUGUGCUGUCCUUCACAACAUCUACCUUGGGGUUGGAGAUGUUGUGGCCCCAGAGGACAGCCCAGAGGACAACACAGAGGAGGAUGAGGGGGAGGAGGACACCGUCUCAGCAGCGCAGUGGAGAGACCGUCUGUCUGCUGAGAUGUCUGCCCUGGAGGAGGUGCAAAUGGACCAUGAGUACCUUUAG